AUGGAUGAAGAUUCUGAGCUAUGGGAUGUCAUAUGUGACAGACCCUUUGUCUCUUCCAAGAACCUUGGCGACCCAGCUGUAGCCAUUCCCAAGACUAGGAAGGUAUUCAAUGAUGCUGAUCGAAAGGCGGUAGAGAGGAAUUUUCGUGGAAAGAAAAUUCUUGUUAAGCAAUCCAAGAUAGACAUGCUUACAACUGAAUACGAGCUUUUUAGGAUGAAAGAUGAUGAAUCUAUUCAAGAUAUGCAUACCCGGUUAACCUCUAUCAUUAAUGAGAUUUACUCUCUUGGUGAAAUUAUUCCAAGAAAUAAGCUUGUCAGAAAAAUCCUCAGUGUUCUGCCCAGUUCUUGGGAAAGCAAAGUGAAUGCCAUUAUAGAGGCUAAGGAUUUGCAGGAGCUAACCAUUGAUGAGCUUGUCGACAAUCUAAAAACAUAUGAAAUGAAGAAAAAGAAGGACAGUGAAAGAAGAGAGCCCACAAAAGAGAAGAACAUGGUCCUCAAGACAAACUGCAUUAGUACAAAGUUAGGAGAAGCAGAACAGACCAGAGAUGACCUAGUAGUUGCUGUAGUUGAUCUAAAAGAAACAAUUGAGAACCUGAAGAAAGAUAAGGAUGCCUUAGAUGAAAAAAUUACAAAUGUAGAACAAGGAAGAGAUGACCUAAUGGUUGUUGUGGUAGACCUAAAAGAGACCAUUGAGAGUGUAAGUAGGGAAAAAGAUGUCUUAAUUGAGAGAGUUGCUAGAAUUGAGCAUGAGAGAGAUGACCUACUAGUGGUGGUAAUGGAUAUGAAGGAAACAAUUAGGGAACUUAAAAUGGAGAGUAGGCCUGAAAACUCACAAAAAGGAAAGGAAGUUGCAAGCGAGGGAAACAAGGUGGAAUUUGUGUCAGAAAUCUGUACAGUCACAAACCUAGUGACUUUUGAGGUGGUGUUAGUGGCAAAAAGAUACAAGAAUAUCUAUGUAGCUGAUUUUGAGUGUCUGAAGAAUGGUGAUCUAAGCUGUCUAAGUGAUGUUGAUGAUGAUGCUGAAUUAUGGCACAGGAGGCUGGGUCAUGCAAGUUUCACAUUGCUGAACAAGACCAAGGACGAAACCUUUGAAGUAUUUGUUGCUUUUGUCAAGAAGAUCCAAGUGAAGAUGGGUAAUAAAGUAGCCUGCAUUAGGUCUGAUCAUGGGACAGAGUUUGAUAAUGUCAAAUUUGAUGAGUUCUGCACUGAAAAUGCUCACCUCUCCUGUGAGAAGGACAGACGUGUUGAUCAGGAUGCAGUGCCCUUAUCUGUUCCAGGUGAAGUUAUUGACAUUGUAAAUGGAAAAGCAGACAUGAUGAGCCAUGGCAAGGAAUCCAGUGAAGAUGAUGCAAAUACAUCUCUAUCCAUUGGAGAGGAACCUGGUCCCCCGAUUACAACAACUGAAGCUGAAAACAGAGUUGUUGAUGCAUUCCAAGGUACUUCACUUGCUGAAGUAAGAAGCGCCCAAGAACCUCAGUCAGAUAUACCUGGUUCCUUUACCAAUGAGAUUCAGGAGCUGCAUCAAUUUGAAAGGAACAAGGUAUGGCACCUGGUUCCUCGACCUACAGAUCGAACUAUCAUUGGAACCAGUUGCUCCAGCAGCUCGAAUGGAAGUCGAAUGGAAGCCAUUAAAAUUCUAAUUGUCUUUGCAUCUCAUAUGGAGUUCACACUGUUCCAAAUGGACGUAAAAAGUGUAUUUCUAAAUGGAUAUCUGAAAGAAGAAGUCGAUGUCAAGCAGCCUCCUGGUUUUGAGUGUCACGAGCAUCUUGAGCAUGUGUUCAAACUGGACAAGGCAUUGUACGGGUUAAAACAGGCUCCUAGGACUUGGAAAAGAACGUCUGGAAUUGCACAUUUCCUAGGCUCUUGCUCAACCUCAUGGGGUAUAAGGAAGCAGAACUCAGUGGCACUCUCAACUGUAGAAGCUGAAUAUGUAGCAGCUGCCUCUUGCUGUGCUCAACUUCUGUGGAUAAAGCAACAGUUGGAAGACUUUGGAGUGUUCUCAGACUGUGUGCCUAUCUUAUGUGAUAAUACAAGUGCACUCAACAUGGCAAAAAAUCUAGUUCAACAUAAGAGGACUAACCACAUUGAUGUACGUCAUCACUUCCUCAGAGACAAUGUUGAAAAAGGGCUUAUAUGCGUGAAAUUCUGCAGCACUGAAGAUCAAAUUGCAGAUAUAUUUAUCAAAGCCCUGAGUAGAGAACACUUUGAGAAAAAUCAUCUGGUAGACACGCUUGAUGAUUACAGAGAAAAUAAGCAGUUGAGGCCGUAUACGCUGGUAAAAAGGGGAAAGCUUACUGAUACAAGAUUAGUCAGGGAACUUGGUUCUCCUAACACAGAUGCUGAGCCUCUGAGUGUGGUUGUGCCUGAGAUAAGACCUGUGCCUGAAGAACAAAAGGAGGAUAGUGUAGGGGAUUCUGAUGAUUUACCAAUUUCCAGUUUCCCUAGGGGUAUAUUAGUUGUUGAUGAAGAGCCAACUCCUAUGCGACCCACAACAAGGUUGCAAAAGAAGGAUGCUCUUGAGUCUGUGCUUAAGAACAGUGAAGCAAAGUCAAUGAGAAGAAAAUUAAUGAAAGAUGUCAACGUUAUAAAUGAGAAGAUAGUGCCUGUUGUUAAUGUGGAUGAGGAAGAAGCCGAGGAACCUAGUUCCUUGACUAGGAAGUUGUCACAGAAGCAUGGUCUCCCCAUCCAAAAGAGGGAUAUUCUGUUUCUUCUAAAAGUUUGA